GCUCCCUCUUGUGGGAGUAUAACCACCCAUAAAACAGUUUUGGGAGAGGGCUACUUUGCGUGGCAUCUUGGCCGUGUCAAAUUGGGUGUUUGGCGGCGAGGGAGGUGGGAAGAACUCGACAAUGGGAAAGAGGGAGAAGAAGCUGAGGCACCAGCAAAGAAAUCCUCGUCGAGGAGCCUCUUACUAUGCUGAGGGAGAUGAUGACUAUGAUGACCAGCUGAGCCUGCCCUCUUCUUCUUCUUCCUCUGCUUCCAAACCUUCUAAUCCUGAAGAAGGGGAAGAAGAAGGCGAUGAAGAAAAAAGUGACGAUGAAGAAGAAGAAGAGGAAAAUGGAGAAUAUUCAUUGAAGGACGUCCCGUCAAAAUUUCUUCUAUACCAACAGUCCGUACAGUCUCCGAAGGGAGACAUAAGCUAUAUGCAGAAGUUCUUUCUGAUGUAUGUGGGUGGGAGGUUGCCCCUCCAUCUCCAAGAGGAUUUCUGUGGAACCGCUCUUCUUAGCGCUGAAUGGAUUCGCAGUAAUCCAAGUAGGACUGCUGUGGGAUUGGAUUUGGACCUUGAGGCACUAAAUUGGUGCAUGGAGAACAACAUAACUAGCGUUGGCGCUGAUGCAUAUACCCAAAUAUCCCUAUUUCAUGGUAACGUCUUGCAGCCUCUUGAUGCCAAACAAGUUAAAGACGAGCCUCAUGAGCUCAUAAGUAAAAUCACACUGCAAGAAGGCAAAGAUGGUUGUGGGACUCAUGCACUGGAAUCUACUGUGCAAUUGGACUCUCCUACCAAUCACAAGUACAUGAAGAACUUUCCACUUCCUCCAAGAGACAUAGUUUGUGCAUUCAACUAUAGUUGUUGUUGUCUCCAUAAACGUGAAGACCUGGUUUUGUAUUUUAAGCAUGUGCUUGAUGCCUUGUCAAAGAAAGGGGCUAUAUUUGUGAUGGAUUUAUAUGGUGGGACAUCGUCAGAGCGCAGGCUAAGGCUCCAGAGGAGAUUUGCCAAUUUUACGUAUGUUUGGGAGCAAGCUGAAUUUGACAUAAUUGAGCGCAAAACAAGGAUUAGCCUACACUUUCAUCUCCAAAAGCAGCAGAAAAAAAUUCGUCAUGCAUUUUCAUACAGUUGGAGGCUGUGGUCAUUGCCUGAGAUUAAAGACUGCUUAGAAGAGGCUGGAUUUCGAUCUGUCCAUUUUUGGCUUCGGCAAAUGCCAGAUGUUGAAGAAAUCAGAACUACAGAGGGAUUUGGUGUUGGACGAGAUGUGAAGUAUGAAGAGGUAAAAAGUUUUCAGCAACAAGACGCUUGGAAUGCAUACAUAGUAGGUGUUGUGUAGCUCCAUCUUUCCUGGUAAAAUUCAAGGUGAUGUAGACAUCAUGGCCAAAACUUUUAAUUUUGCUCAUGAUUAGGAGAUAAGGGGCUUUUAAAACUUCACUGACAUUAAGACCAAGAAAACAAAUAACCUUCUUUUACUUCUGUUUAGUUCCACCUCCAAAUCUAGCUUGCAAAGUACUACCAUGUGCGAGAGAUUACAUUGAAGCAGAUAUUGUUCUAUCCUGCCAGUAAGUUUCCUCAUUUUUAUAUUUGGAUUAGGUGUUUCUCAAACUUACUUUAUUUUCUAGUUGUUUCAUUUGGGUUUGAAGCUAUGCUAAAAGAUGCUUAUACCAUAUGAUUUGGUCCAAGCCAUAUAGAGACAGGUGGAUUUUAUUACCUUGUCACGGCUAUUUUGCACUACCUAAGUUGGCUGCCAAUGGGUGUUUUUGGCGACUGAAUUAACAACAGGUCCUCUCUGUUGUCUAAAAUAGUUGCCCCAAAAUUGAAUGAACAAAACAAGGCUAUACUAAAUUAACUUCAUCAACACAUGCCAAUGACCGCCGAUUGUUCGUCAGUCAGUUGUCAGUAGGACUGUUCAACUGGGCCGGGUUUUUUCCCAACCCAGUCCGGAACCCGGAAAACCGGGAUCUGGUUCCGGGUUUCAAUCCUGAUUAAACUCGGGCCGAAACCCGGGUUGAAAAACCCGGAUCUAUCCGGCCCGGAUACGGGUUACAAACCCAGGUACCGGGUUUGUCUCUCUCACUCUCUCUCUCUCUCGUUACGCUUGCUGCUUACGAAAGGAGAAACCCUAAGUCUGUGCCUCCUCGCUGCGACUCCAUUGCCGCCGCCGCAUCUUCGUCACCGCAUCUUCGUCACCGCAUCUCCGUUGCCGUGACCCCGUGAGUCUCUCUCUCUCUCUCUCUCUCUAUCUCCCUCUCUCUCUCUCCAUUGGAUUUCUGGGUUUGGAUUAUUAGAAACUAAAUAUUGUUGAGUUUUCCAUAAGCGGGUUUCUGGGUUUGGUUAAUCUCUGGCAAGUUUACUUAUGUUCAAUUACUACCACAAUAGAGGCAAGCAUAACUUCGGAGAGAGCCCGAUUCUAGGACUCGGCUUGAUUUGGGUUUGGGUUGAUUUAUAAACUGUUAAAUCCUAACAUUGUCUCACAUGUGGGUUUUCAAAUCCUAUAAUCUCCCCUUGUAAAGUCAGGCCAUUCGUGAGUUUCUUUCUAGA